AUGAAACCACCCAUCUGCCCACGACUUCUUCCUCUUCUUACUCUUGUUCUCGGUCUUGUUCAGUUGCCAAGGGCAGUCAUUUCACAUGACUAUAGCGACGCUCUCUCCAAAUCCAUCCUCUUCUUUGAAGGCCAGCGGUCGGGAUUUCUUCCGGAGGGCCAGAGGAUGGCGUGGAGAGGCAAUUCUGGUCUGAGUGACGGGUGGACCCACAAAAUGGACCUCACCGGCGGAUAUUACGACGCCGGAGACAACGUAAAGUUCCAUUUUCCGAUGUCAUUCACGACGACGAUGCUUGCGUGGAGCGUGGUCGACUUCGGUGGAUACAUGCCUCCUUCCGAGCGUCAGAACGCUCUCGAGGCCGUCAAAUGGAGCUCCGACUAUCUCCUCAAGACCGUUUCUCAGCUCCCUAACCGUAUCUUUGUCCAGGUAGGAGAACCAGUCGCAGACCACAAUUGCUGGGAGAGGCCGGAGGACAUGGACACACCGCGCACUUCCUACGCCAUCGACGCACCAAACGCAGCCUCUGAUCUCGCCGGAGAAAUAGCCGCUGCCUUAGCCGCUGCUUCCAUUGCUUUCAAGCCAUCGGAUCCCUCCUACUCUAACAAAUUGCUUCAGAACGCUGUCACGGCUUUUCAGUACGCCGAUUCUCAUCAUGGUUCUUACAGUGAUAACCCUGGCGCAAGAGAGGUCGUUUGCCCUUUUUACUGCAGUUCGAGUGGAUACAAGGAUGAAUUGUUAUGGGGAGCUGCAUGGCUGAGAAGGGCCACGGGAGAUGAAUCUUACCUGAAGUAUAUAGAGAGCAACCGUGAAGCCUUUGGAGCUGGCUACAACGUUCUCGAGUUUGGUUGGGACAACAAACUUGGCGGUAUUAACGUUCUUGUCGCCAAGGAAGUGUUGGAAGACAAAAUGGUGAGAUUACAAGCAUACAAGACCACGGCAGAUAGCUUCAUGUGUUCAUUCAUACCGAAUUCAAGCGGACAACACAUGACGUACACGCCGGCCGGUUUGCUACACGGCGGAGGCAUGGUUCCGCUCCAACGCCCCACCUCCCUCUCCUUCCUCCUCCUCGCCUACGCCGAUUACCUCUCCAAAGCAUCUGAAUCGUUACACUGCGAUAGCCUUGUCAUCUCCCCCGAUGAUCUCCGCCGCAUUGCCAAGAAACAGGUGGACUACAUUUUGGGAGAUAAUCCGAUGAAGAUAUCGUACAUGAUGGGAUACGGUGGUCGGUUCCCGGAACAGAUACACCACCGUGGCUCGUCCAUACCCUGCGUCAAGGCUCAUCCGAAACCAUUCGGGUGCAAGGCCGGGUGGGAGCUUUUCAAGAAACCAGGCCCCAACCCCAACGUUCUGACCGGUGCGGUGGUCGGUGGGCCAGACGGCGAUGACAAGUUCGUCGGCGGGAGAAACAAUGCUACACAGAGUGAGCCUACAACGUACACCAACGCGCCCUUCGUCGGAGUCUUGUCUUACUUUGCCGCUAACCCCAACUUCCAUUGAAUCGGUUUAUGUUUCAAAUUGUAA